UUGGUCACAUCCAAAUGUUUUCUUGAUGUGGUGAAACUAACCAACAAGCUAAACCCUAUGGCUACAUACGCUGAGAAGGACUACGAUUCGAACAACUACAACUCACAGAGACCAAGGUAUCCGCCUUCUCUGUACAAGGCACUUUUCGAUUAUCACCAAGGAGAUAGAGACUUGGCUCUGGACGUUGGCAGUGGUCCCGGUGUGGCAUCUUUCCCAUUGUUACAGUAUGUUGAUAAAGUAAUUGCUACCGAUGCGUCACCUGUUAUGAUUCAACCUGGUAUUGAGUCCAUCAGUGACAAACACAAGGGCAGAAUCGAAUUUAAGGUCUCACCGGGUGAAGAUCUACGUGAUGUGGUGCCAAAAUCCUCAAGUGUUGAUGUCUUAAUCUGUGCAGAGGCGCUCCACUGGAUCAAGCAUGAACCUUUCUUCCAAGAAGCGGCCAGAGUGCUGAAACCUGGUGGCACAUUGGCCUUCUGGGGAUACAUCGAACCAAGGUUUGUUGACUUCCCUGAGGCUGAUAAGAUCUACGAGAAAUAUGUCUUUGAAGACCCUCAGUACAUGGGUCCGUGCUGGAUUCAGCCUGGCAAGGACUUCCUGAGAUACUUCUUCGAUGACGUUCACCCACCGGAAUCGGAGUUCAAGGACAUUGAAAAAUGGGACUACUAUCCAGAGAAGAAACAGAAACGUACCGCUUACUUCCUAGGAGAUGAUAAAUACACCAUGCAAAAGUUCAGAGGCUAUCUCGGCUCCUUCAGCGCAGUUCACACUUGGAGAAAGAGAAACCCAAACGCCACAGUCGACAUCGUAGACCUGAUGAUCAACGAGAUGAAAGAAACCUGUGCUUGGACCGACGACACCGAGAUCAACACCGAGUGGGGUACAACUUACAUCUUCGCAAGAAAGAGAUAACGGCAUUCCAAUUGAAUGCUCCUAUUUAUAGCAAUAAUCGC